AGACUUCCCUCACCAUGACAACCAACAUCAACACGCACCAGGCUACUUCGUCUUAGUCGAUUUUUCAACGUGAGUUUAAGUUCUGUAUUUUCUCAGAUAGCUAGCAAGCUGUAAGUGUUUAACCUCAACAUGAACCGCGAUUACUACGAGACUCUUGAGCUAAACAGAAACGCAACAAAUAUAGAUAUCAAAAAGGCAUACCGACGUCUUGCGUUGAAGUUUCAUCCGUGUAAAAACAAAGAACAUGGAAGUAAGGAGAUUUUCCACCGGCUGGGUGAAGCCUACGAUGUUCUCAGUGACCCAAGAAAAAAGGCAACUUAUGACAAAUUCGGUGACGAGGGACUCAAAGGUGGUAUCCCUGUAGAGUUUACCAAAGGUGGAGCUUGGUCCUCCAAAUAUACCUACCAUGGCAAUCCUGACAAAACGUUCAGACAGUUCUUUGGAGGUGACAACCCAUUUGCAGAUUUUUACACCAUAGAAUCAGCUCUUCAGUUCAGCUCCCUGGUGGUAGGAGUUGAGAAGACACAAGAUUCUCCAAUAGAGAGAGAUCUCCCUUUAUCCCUGGAUGAUCUCUUCCACGGAUGCAUAAAGAAGAUUAAGAUUUCUCGCAGGGUUAUGAAUGAGGAUGAACAAACUUCCAGUAUCAAGGACAAGAUUCUGACUAUCGAAGUAAAACCUGGAUGGACGGAAGGCACCAGAAUCAUUUUCCCCAAAGAGGGAGAUCAGGGACCAAACUGCAUCCCUGCAGACAUUGUGUUCAUAGUGCGGGAGAAGCCCCAUCAUUUGUUUACAAGACAGCUCAGUGACCUCAUCUACAAGGCCAAGAUCUCUCUGGAGAUGGCCCUGACUGGCUUCUCUGUGGAUGUGGAAACGCUAGAUGGCAAGCUGCUCACCAUUCCUGUCAAUGACAUUGUGCACCUGUCGUACAAAAAAGUGCUGAGUGGAGAGGGAAUGCCGCUGCCGCAGGAUCCGACCCAGAGAGGAAGCCUCAUCCUCACCUUUGACGUCGAAUUUCCAGAAAAGCUCUGCGCUGAAAGCAAGCAGCUGAUCAAACAAGCUCUAAAUCUGAAGUAUCCACACUAGUUUAGCUAAAUGUGUUGCACUCCCAAAAACUUCAAAACGUUUGCUGCGUUAGGUGUGAGCCGAAGUGUACACUGAAAGAAAGCUAAAUGGAAGGCAGCUGUUUUCCAGUAGCAAACUUCAGGUAAGCUUCAGCGGUUAUAAUAAAGCUGUUCGGCUGUGAUUCGCUGCCAUCAAA